AUGGCUGCGACACCUCCCCUUCAAAUCCUCUCAAGUCCGGCCACACCUCCAAGCCCUUUACAUGGUGCUAAAUACGAUCGAGCAAACGCCUUUCCCACUAGGCGCUCCACACGCGCUGCGACAAGAACUAGGUCAAGGAAUCAGCAGUCAACACCCGAACCUCCCCGCCGCAGUCCCAGAGUUGAACAGGGAGCCAACACUCCUCGCUCACCCAAGCCAAAGUCAACAACUGCUGCAGGCCUUCACUCACCAGAAGUCACUCCAAAUACAAGAGGCUCACGCCGAGUUCAAGUGAUGUCCCCCCACUCUCCUGACAUUCACUCUCAUUCUUCCUCGUCGAAGCAGCCUCCGCCCGCCGAGUCCAAUUCACAUCUUCACCCCCAAUCCUCUUCCGCCGCCACCAUCUCGGACGGCAUGCUACCUACUCCGGUCAAAACUCCAAAAAUGAAGAAACCGAUAGCGAAUGCCACCACUGCAGCCAGAGCCCUGUUCCAAGACCGUGCUCAAAUGGCUGCUCAGGUAGCACCAGUUCAGCACAGCCCUCGUCGUUCACGGAAAUCCCAGCGCUUCAAUGGCUUUUCUCUCGAGAGUUUCUCUGCACAGGGUGACGCUACCCGAGGUCAAAUCCAGAUUUACACCGACUCGAGAGACUGUGUUCCACAAGUCGACAACGACCAAGCCAAUCCAUUCGUUGAGCGCAAGAGAGAUCGCGAAAGUAUGUCUCCUCAAAAAUCUGUCGUGAGGUCGAAGCGCCGCAAGGUUAGUACGGAGACGAGAAUCGAUCCCCAGGUUAUGGAGGCUAUAGACAAGGGUGAUGGCAUGGUUUAUGUCUUUCGAGGCAAAAAGGUUUACCGGCGCUUCAACGACCUAGGAGAUGACGAAGAGGACAUUGAUGAAGAAGAUCUGGGUCUUUUGGAACACGCUACAAAUGGUUCGGCCGAGGUGAAACCUCUGAAGACACUGACCCGCCGCUCAAUAAAGCCAAAGCGGCUCUUCCAGACCGCGUCGCAGAAGCGUGCAAGGGAGGAGGAGAAAGAGGAAGAAGCAGCUACCGAUAUUGAGGACCAUGGUGAUGUUGCAGAGGAUGGUCCUUCAACUUCAGUAUCACACACCUCUGAGUCGAGCCUUAGUCGCGGUUUGAGAUCGAAGAAGCACAAACUUCCCUCAUCCGAACAGAAUAGUCCUAAAGAACCAGGUUCACGAAAUACGCAGAAGGGAAGUCCUUUUGAUUCUUGGCCAAGACAAAAGCCUGGUUCUCGAGGUGUGGCAGGGUCUCAGAAGAGCAAGAAGCGAGGUGCAAAUGAAGUGGCUGACGAAGAUGUGGUAGCUGAACCUACUGUUGACGCGAAGAAAGCUAGGACUUGA